GGAGCGCCCAUUCAUCUCUGCACUUGGGCGUUGGACUCCGCAUCUUAUUAGCAACAAGGGAAAUUUCUCCAUUUUGCAGCCUGUCUUCAGCGACACGGCCACCAAUCUGGGAUUUUAUUACUUCUCCUCACCUGCCAGCUUUUCCCCUGCUAUUAAAAAAAAAACCCUCCUCACUCUAACUGGACUUUGCUCUGCAUUUUCCCCUGUGAACUUUUUUUUUUGUGCGGAGAGAGUGAGGGAGACAGCAGCGAGGAGCUUUGCGUUUCAACAAAGAGGCUUGUGGGUCUUUGUUCGUUUUUUUGGAUCAGUUGAGUUUCUUUGUUGGAGCGGAAAGCAUGGGAGCGCAAUUGUCCAAGACAGCAGGAAAAGCCGAAACCGCGGCUGAUAAACCAGGAGAGGCUGUUGCUUCGCCCACUAAGACCAAUGGACAGGAAAAUGGCCACGUUAAAGCGAAUGGGGAUGCCUCUCCUGCUGCAGCUGAGAACGGCAAAGAGGAGGUGCAGGCCAAUGGCAGCGCCGCCGCAGAGGAGAGCCUCAAGGAGGAGGCAGAGAAGGCAGAGGCCGCCCCUGCUGAGACAGAAGCUGCAAACGGGGAGAAGGUAGAGGCAGCAGCAUCCCCUGCUCCUGCCGAGGGAGAGGCAGCGAAGGCAGAGGACGGUGCUACGCCUUCCACAAGCAACGAGACCCCCAAGAAGAAGAAGAAGAGGUUCUCCUUCAAGAAGUCCUUCAAGCUCAGCGGCUUCUCUUUCAAGAAAACCAAAAAGGAGACGGGAGAGGGGGCCGAGAACGAGGAGGCGGCUGCCGCAGCAGCGCCCUCAGAGGAGGCCAAGGCCGAGGGCACGGAGGAAGCGGCUGCUGCCGAUGAGGAGGCCAAGCCCGCUGAGGGGGAGGCUGCACCUGCUGCAGAGCAGGCCAAGGAGGAGGUAGAGGCCAAGCCGGAGGAAACGGCAGCACCAGCAGAGAAACCUGCUGAGGAGGCCAAGGAGGCCGCUCCCACAGAGGAGUCAAAGGCAGAGGAGAAGCCUGCAGAGCCCACAGCCAAGGAGGCGCCCAAAACAGAGGAGGCCGCCCCAGCCUCACAGGAAGCGGCGUCGGCGGAGGCUCCCGCUGCAGCCGCUGAGGCUGCUGAAUAAGUUUAGAAGGGAGGAAGAAAUUUAAAAAAAGGAAGAAAAAAGAUAAUCAAAGAACAUUUCCCUGUUUGUAUGUUGGAGUGAUGCCAGCUCUUGGCUUUGAAGAACUUGUCUACAACCAGGGAUAUUUUAAAGCUUUUCUUUAUUUUUUAUUUUUUGGUUUCCAUUCCCCCUCACACAAAAUCCAUCUCGGUCCAUUAUAAAUUCCAUUCCAAUGGGCUAAGAAGAUGGGUGGCUUCAGUAUGUACAACAGAUUAAAUACAUCCACACUCUGCCAUAUAUUUUUUCAUCAGUAUUAUUUUUUUUCUUUUUGAAUUUUUAUACAAAAUGUAAAAAAAAAAGAAGAAAUUGGUUUGGACAUGCCCAUGGUAUGAAGGAGGAGGGGUUGAGCUGUAAAAUGAAGGGGGAGGUGAGUUCAGGGAGGGCAGGGGAGGGAGGAAGGGGGCCUGGGAAAUGUGCCACAGACUAUUAUGAAAAGAGUAGUCUAAAAAACUAUGAGACCAACAUCUAUAUACACCAUACGGUUUACAACACUAAGUCAUUUUUACAACAAGACCACAAAAGAAUCCCAGAGUUAGGUUUUUAGGAAGUCAUAUAAACUCAUAGGAGCUUUUCACUUCUCAUUAGCUGUACCAGUCAGUGAUUCAGUAGAAAUACAAGUUGUAUAGGCUUUAUUGUUUAUUGUUGGUUUUAUGACCUUAAUAAAAAUGUAAGUAUGUAUAGGCGGGGUGUUUUUAACUGUGAUUAUUGUACAAAAUGAAAUCUUGAUCUCAAGAAGCACAUGAAGUUUGCAGCUCUUUUUUCCACCCGCUCAUUUUGUAAGAUAACAACACACACACACACAAAAAAGUCAUCCCAGGAAGACCUUCUUAAGCAAUUUUGAACUCAAAAACCAAGCUGUGAUAAGUGGAAUGGUUAACUGUUUAUAUACUGUGGUAUGUUUUUUGAUUACAGCAGGCAAUGCUUUUUCAGUGGUCUUUGACAAAAUUUUAAGGAACCUAUCAGAUGCAAAUGUUUGUGUAGCAUCUUGUCUCUUUCUCUUUUUUCUCUUUUGUAAAUACUGGAGAAGCUUUGACCAAUUUGACUUAGAGAUGGAAUGUAACUUUGCCUACAGAAAACGCUAUUAAACUCCUCUGCUUAAGGUGUUCUACUUUUCUGUGAACACACUAAGAGCAAAAAUAAAUGUGAAUAAAAUUUGA